CAAGCUGAUAUGUUUCGGAGCGAAAUGCGAGAUCAGCUUCAUGAGAAGACGGGAGUGUGCGUCUCUUUAUCAUCCAUUAGUUGGACACUCAAGGCCAUCGGAUGGUCGAGAAAAACCUGUCGUCGUAUUGCUCAGCAGCGUGAUCAAGAGCUACGACUUGCACUUGCACUGGGUGUCAUUUAUAGAUGCGGAACAGCUCAUCUUUGUCAAUCAGUCAGGUUGUGACAAGAAAGCCGGACAAACCCAAAUGGGGUGGUCUCCGUUGGGUCUAAGCCGGUCAAAGUUGAUAAGCUGAAUCGUGACGUUCGAUACCAGAUACUUCCAGCAUAUACCAUCAAAGUUUAUUUUGUCCACAAUUGCUCCAAUACUGCCGUCUAUGGCCAGAGCCUAAGUCAGUCCUCGUGAUGGAGAAUAUAAGCGGGCAU